AUGUCAACUAAUCCUAAAGCCUUCCCACUUGCUGACUCGAAUUUGACACAACAAAUUCUUGAUGUCACUCAACAAGCCCAAAACUUGAGACAAUUGAAAAAAGGUGCUAAUGAGGCAACAAAAACUUUGAACAGAGGUAUCUCAGAGUUCAUUAUUAUGGCUGCAGACACCGAACCAAUUGAAAUCUUGUUGCAUCUUCCUUUGUUAUGUGAAGAUAAGAACGUUCCUUACGUUUUUGUUCCAUCGAAGACAGCUUUAGGUAGAGCAUGUGGUGUUUCGAGACCUGUCAUAGCGGCUUCUGUCACCACAAAUGAUGCCUCUGCAAUCAAGAACCAAAUUUACGGUAUCAAGGACAAGAUAGAAACAUUAUUAAUUUAA